AUGAAAGCCAUCAUUGCCGUCCCUGCGACGCUUGCGCUAGUCUACCGCGCUUAUUCUCACAACUCACUCACGCCGCUCGGCAUCGUCGUCGCCGCUCUCACGGCGACAGCUCAUGCUGUCCAUCCCUGGAAUCUCCCUUUCGUCCUACUUUGCGUUUUCUUCCUUGCCGGCACCCGCGUUACCAAGAUCAAGAAGGAUGUCAAGGCUUCUCUAACCCUCCACUCUCAAGGCAGUUCUGGCGGCGAAGGUCCCCGGACCCACGUUCAAGUCCUGGCAAACUCUCUUGUCGCCUCCGUCCUCACGUUGCUCCAUGCUUACCAGUUGAGACUUAGGCGGAACGCAAUAGUCUCGGGGGAGUUGCCCCAAGGGAGCUUCUGCUAUUCGUGGGGUAACGGUGACAUCUUGGUCAUCGGUAUUAUUGCAAACUACGCCGCCGUCUGUGCGGAUACCUUCAGCUCUGAGCUGGGUAUCUUGUCAAAAAGCAGCCCUCGCUUGAUCACCUCCCUGAAUCUGAGGAAGGUGCCUCCAGGUACCAAUGGCGGAGUUACUCUUUGGGGCCUCGUCGCUGGGUUCUUCGGAAGCAUGGUCAUCGUCACUACUUCUCUUCUGUUUUUACCUCUGUGCAGCGAUCUAACGAAGGGUAAGCUGGCGGGAGGAGAAGCUUGGACUGUAAGCCAGAAGGGUACACUUGCUUGGGGCCUGGUGACCUGGGGGGCAUUGGGAUCGCUUCUCGACAGUUUCUUGGGAGGCUGGCUGCAAAGAAGUGUUCGUGACGUAAGGUCGGGGAAGAUCGUCGAAGGCGAAGGUGGCCUCCGUGUCCUCGUAUCGACAGAUGGAAACCCGAAUUCUAGGGAACACUUCAAGAAAUCUGCGGAUAUCAAAGCAACGGUCUUGAAUGGCGAAGGCAAGCGUGCCGUUGAACUAGCUGCCACGUCCUCCGUUGCUAAAGGGGGGGAUUCGGCCCAGAACCCGUACAGCCCCAACGACAAACAUCGUACGUCUCACUUCGGCGAUAACAAGCCAACACGGAUUGCCGAGAGUGGCCUGGAUUUGUUGGACAACAACGAUGUUAACUUCUUGAUGGCUCUCACGAUGAGCAUUGGAGCCAUGGCGAUCGCUAGUUGGUAUUGGGAGGUACCCCUGAACAGCAUCAUGCAGACAUAG